CCGCUUCCGGUUGUUGCCGGGCCCUUUAUCCGGUGUCCGCCCGCCCGCCCUCGGCGCAGCUCCGCGAUGCUGUCCCGCUCCCGCUGCGUGUCCCGGGCCUUCAGCCGCUCGCUCUCCGCCUUCCAGAAGGGGAACUGCCCUCUGGGGAGACGCUCCCUGCCCGGGGUCUCCUCAUGUCAGGGACCAAGUUGCCCCGACAGCAGGAAGAUUGUCAUUAACAGCAGUAGUGUCUUCAGCAUCCGCUUCUUCAGAACUACAGCUGCAUGCAAGGAUGAUGUGAUUACAGUAAAAACCCCAGCAUUUGCAGAGUCUGUCACAGAGGGCGAUGUCAGGUGGGAGAAAGCUGUUGGAGACACCGUUGCGGAAGAUGAAGUGGUUUGUGAGAUUGAAACUGAUAAGACGUCUGUACAGGUUCCAUCACCGGCCCAUGGCGUGAUUGAAGCUCUUUUAGUACCUGAUGGGGGGAAGGUCGAAGGAGGCACUCCUCUUUUCACACUCAGGAAAACUGGUGCUGCUCCUGCCAAGGCCAAACCAGCUGAAGCCCCUGCUGCAGCCCCCAAGGCAGAGCCUGCAGCAGCUCCUCCGCCCCCUGCAGCACCCAUACCCUCUCAGAUGCCACCGGUGCCCUCACCCUCACAGCCUGCUUCCAGCAAACCAGUGUCUGCAAUAAAACCCACUGCUGCCCCUUCGCCAGGUGACACAGGACUGCGUUCAGAACAUCGGGAGAAAAUGAACAGGAUGCGGCAGCGCAUUGCCCAGCGUCUGAAGGAGGCCCAGAAUACAUGUGCAAUGCUGACGACUUUCAAUGAGAUUGAUAUGAGUAACAUCCAGGAGAUGAGAGCCCGGCAUAAAGAGGCUUUCCUGAAGAAACACAACCUCAAACUCGGCUUCAUGUCGGCGUUCGUGAAGGCCUCAGCCUUUGCGUUGCAGGAGCAGCCUGUAGUAAAUGCAGUGAUUGAUGAUUCAACCAAAGAGGUGGUGUACAGGGAUUAUAUCGACAUCAGUGUUGCGGUGGCCACCCCACGGGGUCUGGUGGUUCCUGUCAUCCGGAAUGUGGAAACCAUGAAUUAUGCUGAUAUCGAACGAACUAUCAACGAACUAGGAGAAAAGGCCAGAAAGAAUGAACUUGCCAUUGAAGACAUGGAUGGAGGUACUUUCACCAUCAGCAAUGGAGGAGUUUUUGGCUCACUGUUUGGAACGCCCAUCAUCAAUCCCCCUCAGUCUGCCAUCCUGGGCAUGCAUGGCAUCUUUGACAGGCCAGUGGCCGUGGGAGGCAAGGUGGAAGUGCGGCCCAUGAUGUAUGUGGCAUUGACCUACGAUCACCGGCUGAUUGAUGGCAGAGAGGCCGUGACUUUUCUCCGAAAAAUCAAGGCAGCGGUAGAGGAUCCCAGAGUCCUCCUCCUGGACCUUUAGGAGGAAGCCACAUGCCCUACAAAUU